AUGGAGCACGAAGAAGACAGCGUCGAGGAUAAUGCGCACAUUGGAUGCUACAUUUUUAAACCUGCGACUGUCACCGAAACAGAUGAAGAGCAACGGCCCCGAAAGAAGCGCAAGAUUAGUCAAGCAGCUGCAUCGGAACAUUCUGAGGAGGGUGGGAUAACAUGGCCAAGUCUCUUUGCAGGCAAAGAAUCUCAACAGUCCAUUGCAAAUCGGCAGAAAAAAUUCCAGGAAUUUUGGGCACUCCGUCAGAAUGAAAUUGAACAUGUCGUCAAUCAGGUGGACGAAAGCCUGGUGAACAGCGUGCUGAAAUUUGUUCGGUCGCCAGACGGGAAACAAUCCCAGGCCAAGCUCAGAACUGGGUUGAUUGUAUCUGGGCCAACGAAGAACACACAACGGGACCUACUACAGGGAUGGCAGACAAGAACAUUGGAAGACGUUCAGGAGAUAUUCGUCGAGCUGCAUCCAAGCCAGUGUCCAAAUCUUCAAGUUACUCUCAAAACUCUUAUACGGAUGGCGAUUUCACAACAUAAAGGGUCGCAGGAGUACACCACUUUUCUCGCCAAACACAAAGCACUCAUUCCAAUGAAUUUCGACCUGGAGAUACUACAGCGGUAUGUCGAGCAACAUCAAAUAUCGAGAGUUAUCCUCUUAUUAGCCGAUGUCGAAACAUUUGACACUGGGAUCUUGUCUGAGUUCAUCUCCAUGACCAGCUCCUGGCUCGGCAGAAUUCCAUUCCAACUUCUUAUCAAUAUAGCAACUACGGUUGAGCUCUUCGAAUCUCGGAUCUCUAGGUCUAUCGCCUCAUUGCUUGAUGCAGAGGUUUUCCAGUCGGCGAAUGACACAGCUGAUCCCCUCUACAAAAUAUAUAGUGCUGUACAGCACAAUAACGACACCGACAUCUUCCUGGGGCCUACAGUACUCAAAGUUCUAGCGGAGCUCGCAGAGGACCAAAGCACAACCACCGCAACCUUUACGCGAGCAAUAAAGUACGCCUUCAUGACCCACUUCUUUGCGAACCCGCUAUCUACGCUCGACUCGAAAACCACCUCAGAUCCUUCCAACGACAAGAAGCUCUGUCAGGCUGUUCGUUGCACCCCAGGAUUCAAAGAACGCUGCGAACAACUCGCCAAGGGCGAGAAAGCCAGCCGCCAACGGGCCCACGAAGUCAUGUCAUCUGACGAAGCACUCUUCAGAGACGCUUUGGAAGUACUGCAAACGAGCCGGACAAGAUUGAGAAAUUCACUCGCAGCUGUCCAAAUGUUACACACAAUAUACUAUACACUAGAAGUCGCUCCGGUGGCACCGCUUGAUCUGGAGGUCCAGUUAAUUACUUCAUUGCCCAGAUUGCUGGAGUCAGACGUGUAUCUAGAUAUCGAAACAGCCGUGAUCGACCUAGGACCUGACCAAUUCCAUGACUUCACAGAAGCCCUCGCUGAAUCAGUGACAACCGCAAACCUUCCAAGCGAAUCUCCCAGCGAUAACAAUACGGAAUUGGAGAAGUUCCUGGGCGAGAUCCGCAAUCUCAAGACUUCACAAUCUGCUACAGACUCUCCCCAGCAGCGAUUCAUGAAGCUCCUAUCUACACACCUCGAGGUCAAACUCCAGCAAUACCUCGAGAAAGAUAACGAGCGAUCAUCUACCACGCAAAACGCCACACCCGCCACCAGUCCAUUCCAGAGCUACCUCCACGAAGCCACAGUGCUACACACACGCUCCCCACUGACGGCGGUGCUGCACGCACGACCACGGUACGCACUGGAGCGCGCUCUGAUCCGGCCGGCCGACUACCUAGGCUGCGAGUGCUGCGCGGCGGACAAGCAUGGGGAGAUCUCCGACCGCAGCGCGCUGCCCGCGACGAGUCUGCUGCUGACGCUGCUCAAUGAGGCGGGCAAUAUCGUCAAUGUGCGAGACUUGUGGGAUGCAUUCCGCGAGAUCGUCGCGGGUUCUGGAGCUGCGGAGGGAGUUGUAGAGGACGCGGCGGACGACGGCGACGGCGACGACGAGGACAAGAUCAAUGAGGAUCGCCGUGCUCUCGCGCUCUUCUAUGGCGCUCUGGCUGACCUCAGGCACUUGGGUCUCGUGCGCUCGAGCAAGCGCAAGCCUGGUGUCGAGUGCGUGGUCAAGACUGCGUGGAUGGGUCUGUGA